CGCAGAGGGAGGAUAGUUGUAUCAUUCAACAAGCAGUGUGCGCAAGCCUUGAUAACGGAUUCCUGGUGUGUUACAAAGCGGCUAUCAUAAACAGUAACUCCCGGUGAGUCGUCAAAGUUUACGCGUAAAGAGAGCAGGGAAUUCUGUAGAAGUUCAAAUUCAUGAUAGUUUUUGGACCAACCAACGGCCGUUGCGCGCACAGACUGAAGACAGGACACUCAGCAUUCCGCUGUCAGCAUGGAGCAUUUGUUCACGUCCCCUCUUGUGUUUGUCAUUCUUUUACAGAUCGUUCCCUCUGUUCCAGUGUCAGUGUUCACCACGGCGCCUAUCGUAGAAGUUCGCGAGAACAAAGACGCAGUGCUAUCGUGUGAGUUCAAAACUGAGAGAGACGAGUCCCCGCGGAUCGAGUGGAAGAAGACCAGAGGAACCCGCUCAUCCUCUCCAGACUUUAUCUACUUUGAGGGAGAGUUCCGAAAGAGCUUUAAGGGGCGCGCGCGGAUGGACGGGGCGACGAUACGGCUGAAGGGGGUCACUCAGGAGGACGCGGGCGAGUACCGCUGUGAGGUCAGCGCUGCCACGGAUACCGUCCAGCUGGGAGAGGCCAACAUCACCAUCAUAGUGUUAGUGCCGCCCCAGACCCCGGCGUGUGAGAUCCCGAGCCGGGCGCUUGUGGGCGCGGGGGUGGAGAUGCGCUGCAGGGAGUCGCACGGGGUGCCCGCGCCCACCUACACCUGGUACAAGGACAACAGGCCGCUGCGCCCCACCUACAACGCCAGCUACAGCAUCGACACACACACCGGGCUGCUGAUGUUUACAUCUGUCACCAAGGCGGACACUGGGCAGUACCACUGCGAGGCGCGCAAUAAGGCCGGGCCGCCCAAGAGCUGCGAGGGAGUCCACGUCAAAAUAGAUGAUCUAAAUGUCCCAGCAAUCAUAGCAGGAGUGGUGGUGGUCUGUCUGGUUAUUGCUCUCUGCAUCUGUGGAGCGUGUUACGCUCAUAGGCAUGGCUUUUUCAGCAGACACAGAGGAAGGUCGUUCUGGAUCACCCAGUGCCAAGGGACCGCCCACAUCAGCAGCCAGAACCUCAACAGAACCGAAGAUAUGAACACACGCUACAGCCCCCCUCCUGAAGAGAAACAGCAGGACUUCAAGCACACUCACUCUUUCAUGCUGUAAUGGAGCCAAUGCCUUCAAGCGAGGAUAAACUCACUUAGUCGCUCACUCACGUCCGUCCGUAUUGUACGGAGGUUUGUCGUACGGAAGGAUCCACAGAUUCGGUGCCAGCGUACGUAGACGGACAUCAAAAGUGGCCAAAAGAUUUUUGAACUCAUCAAUUCCACUCGUGUGGCUUUUUGCUUUUUUUCCCUCUCCUCCACUGGCCAAGCACAUGGCAACGUGUCUUACACUCACUUCACGCCCCCUAGUGGCCGCCUGUCCUUCGUUCAGAAAGACUUGAGAAGUACAUACAGGUGCCAUGCUUUGAGGAACUCGCUUCUCUGCCAAUGUACAUACAGUGCAAAUAGAUGGAGCAGAUUGAUGCUCCGCACAGCUUAAGUUAAUAACAGCUUUCAGUGAACACAUUCACGGUGCCUUCGUUUUUUCCAGGAGUGGUCUACGUAUCUCUGUCGUUUGUGUAAAUAAUUGUGAGUUUCUUUGCCAUAAAGAGAAUUUGUAUGCUAUUUUUCUUUGAAGAUUUGUAUGUGUAUGGAUGUGUGAAUGUAAGGAUUGUUUGGUUGUUUCUGUACACUACUGUUGUCAUUAAAGGAUUUUGUACAAA